AUGAGUUCAAAUAGCAGGCUGGAAUCGCUAAAACGGCUUCAAAGAGCUCGUCAAAACAAGUCUUCUUCAAAGGAACUUUACGAUGCAGAUGAAGAUCUGGAAGAUUCAAAGGUUUACGAUCUUAUAGAUGAGGACGAAUUUCGAAGCCGGAAGCGCGAAGAGCUACUGAAAGAUGACUUUGUGGUGGACGACGACGGCGUCGGAUACGUGGAUCGCGGUGUAGAUGAGUGGGACGACCGAUAUCGUGAGAGGGAACACUACUCAUCGGAAGAAGACGAGGAUGAAGGAGAGGGCAUGGGACAGCGCUCCAAUAAACGAAACAAGAAAACGGGAGCCAAAAGAGGUGAAAAGUCAGAAAAUGGAGCUAUCAGUGACUUGAUUGCGGCGCAACACGUCAAAAAACCGAAAAAAACGGCUGUCCAGAUGGGACCAUCGAAAAAAUUCACUGCAGAUGGGUUUGACGACAUCUUGUUGGAAUUCGAGAACGCUAAGGACGCCAGUACGGCGAAACACACCGCUUUCAAAAAAACGGUUUCGACGACCGGGUCUCCAAAUUCCACCGUCAAAAGAACAUCUGUAGAAUCAUCAAAUCAUCCUACCGUGAAAAGACCUAAAUUCGAAAAGGCCGAACCUUCACAUACCACUGAUAACUCGUCCCCACUAAGGUCUAUGAACCCGAGAUCCAAAUACGUUGAUGACACAGAAUUACAAGCUAUGAUUGAUGAUGUUCAAAGCUCUCCUACGAUUUUGAAAACCAAGAGCGUCACAGUGGUAGAUCCAAUCAAUAAUACAGGGAAGAAUGUCAACAACGUCAAGGAAGAGGAUUACGACGAGGAGGACAGCGACGAGGAGGAGAUUCAGUUUAGCAGGAGAACAAUUCGAAAUGCUGCUGCUGCGAAAAGAGCUAAUUUCAAUGCCAGCUCCAACAUACCGUCUUCUCCCUUCAUGACUGCGCCGGGCACUCCCGCAACUUCGAGCCAAUCGCUUCCCGAUGACUCCAGGCCUAGCACAUCGCAGUCACUAACCAAGAAAUACACCCGCGAUGACGUCGUCGACCAAUCGUCGAACUCAUUCAAUCUAUUCUGGUUUGAUUAUGCAGAGGUCGACAACACGCUCUUGCUUUUUGGAAAAACCGUCACACGCGCGAACGAGUCUAUAUCCGCAAUGAUACAAGUCAAAAACCUCUACAGAGAGCUUUAUUUUCUACCAAGAGAGGGCAAGACAGCUUCCGAGGUCCAUGAAGAGAUAGUUCCUCUGCUUCUUGAAAAAUAUGGACUUGACAACAUACGGGCCAAGCCAGAGAAAAAAAAGUACGCUUUCGAACUGCCGGGUAUUCCCCAUGAAACUGAAUACUUGAAAGUUUUAUUGCCUUACCAAACCCCAAAAAGCAGAGGGGUCAUUAUUCCAAGCGAUCUCGAGGGUGACACAUUUUUUCAUGUAUUUGGCGGUAAUACCAACAUUUUUGAGAGCUUCGUUGUUCAAAGAAAAGUAAUGGGACCGUGCUGGCUGGAAAUAAAAAGCGGAGAUUUUUCUGCGCUGUCCAAUGCAUCCAAUUGUUCGCUGGAAGUUCAGGUUUCCGUUCCAUCGAUGGUGACACCCUUGGCAGACAAACAUGCACCAGACUUGAAUUGUGUCGCUAUUGCGGUACAGAGUGUUAUGAAUGCAAAAGAAAAUAAACAGGAGGUGGUAAGUGUCACCCUAUCACACUAUGACAAUCUUCCUCAGGAUGUGCCUAUACCAGAAGAUCUGGCUCCAAAUUCCACAUGUACUUUGGUGCGACCACCAAUGGGCUCCAGCUUUCCUACCGGAUUGAUGCACCUCGGAAACAAGUCAUUGCAGGGUCAAUUAAGGUUAUUCAACAACGAAAAGGCACUUUUGAGCUGCUUCUGCGCAAUGAUGAGGUCUUCUGAUCCUGACGUAAUAAUCGGUCACCGAUUGGAGAAUACUUCCCUGGAUAUAAUUGCGCAUAGAUGCUUAGAAUUGAAGAUUCCUACAUUUAGCUGUCUAGGGCGCAGGGUCAGAAAAUCGUGGCCCGAAAAGUUUGGAAGGAAUCCAAGUAUGAACCAAUUUUAUAUCCGUGAAAUGUUUGCAGGCCGCUUGCUCUGUGACAUAUCUAAUGAGAUGGGCCAAUCGCUGACGCCCAAAUGUCAAAGUUGGGAUCUGUCCGAAAUGUACCAGGUUACCUGUCAAAAAGAACACAAAUCGGUGGAAGUGAAUUUCCAAAACCCACAAUACCAAACUGACGUCAAUUCUAUGCUGUUCGCUCUCCAAGAAAAUGUGUCUGCCGCCAACAUUUCCGCCGAGAUUGCAUUCAGAAUACAGAUACUGUCACUUACGAAACAACUGACAACGCUGGCAGGAAAUGCCUGGUCUCAAACGCUGGGCGGUACCAGAGCAGGGCGGAACGAAUAUAUUUUGCUUCACGAAUUUGCCCGUAAUAACUUCAUUGUUCCCGACAAGGAGACCAGGCAAACGAGAAAUCAGCGUCAACAGAAGUUGCGCGAAGAAGCGGGAGAGGAAGCUGGCGAGGAAUUGCAAGUGAGCUCUAAGAAAAGCAAAUAUCAAGGUGGGUUGGUGUUUGAACCCGAGAAGGGCCUGCAUAAGAAUUACGUUCUAGUAAUGGACUUCAAUUCUCUUUACCCUUCCAUCAUCCAGGAGUUCAACAUUUGCUUCACAACUGUAAAACGCGAUCCUAACAAUAUAGAAGAGCUUCCAGACGUGCCGGAUGGGCUCAGUAAACAAGGCGUUCUCCCGCGGCUGCUAGCUUACUUGGUUGAUAGAAGAAAAGAGGUCAAGAAGAUACUCAAGGCGGAAACUGAUCCUCACAAACGUGUACAGUGUGAUAUCAGGCAACAAGCACUCAAAUUAACGGCGAACUCCAUGUAUGGGUGCUUAGGUUACGUCAACAGUCGGUUUUACGCCAAACCGCUAGCGAUGCUAGUCACUAAUAAGGGAAGAGAGAUUCUGAUGAAUACAAGACAACUAGCGGAAAGUAUGGCGCUUGCUGUAAUAUAUGGUGAUACAGAUUCGGUCAUGAUCGACACGGGCACCGACGUCUACGCAGAUGCUAUCAAAAUCGGCGAAAGCUUCAAAAGAAUGGUCAAUGAAAGGUACCGGCUACUGGAGAUUGACAUAGAUAAUGUCUUCAAAAAGCUUUUGCUGCAUGCCAAGAAGAAAUACGCCGCUUUAACGGUUUCUUUCGAUAACCACGGCAAGGAACAAACUACUCUGGAAGUAAAAGGUUUGGAUAUGCGGCGUCGUGAAUUCUGUCCUUUGUCGAAAGAAGUGUCGGUUCAUGUUCUUGAGACAAUUCUCUCUGACAAAGAUCCAGAGACAGCAUUAUCGGACGUGUAUGAAUACCUUGAAGGCGUAAGAGAUCAAAUUGAGAGCAACUCGAUUCGUGUUGAUAAGUACAAAAUCAACACCAGGUUAUCAAAGGACCCCAAAGCUUAUCCGGGAGGUAAAAACAUGCCUGCUGUACAGGUAGCACUUCGAAUGAGAGAAAGCGGACGCGUGGUGAAAGCGGGAAGUGUAAUCACAUUCGUCAUAACAAAACAGGAAGACGCGGGUGAUAGCGACUCUCAAUUAUCCCCUGCUGAGCGAGCGCGGGUGCUGAACGAAGUCAUGGUCAAGAGUAACAAUCUGCGGCCCGAUCCACAGUACUACUUGGAAAAACAGAUAUUCUCUCCGGUAGAGCGACUGCUAGAGCGGAUCGAGAGUUUUGACAUUGUGAGAUUAAGUCAGUCUCUGGGACUCGACAGCAGGAAGUACAUAAACCGCGCAGGAGCGAAUGGUGAGCUGAAUGGAAACAGUGCAGAUAAUUUGCAACCGCUGGAUAGUGCCUUAUCGGAUGAGGAAAGGUUUAAGGACGUUACCCCCUUGACUCUAAGUUGUCCAGGCUGCGACCACAAAUUUGCCUUUGGCGGCAUUGUGGCAUCAAUGCACUAUCUAAUGACUUUCAACGGGUUACAAUGCGCACAUUGCAAUCAUCAAUUCUCACCCAUUCAGCUAAGUUCCCAGUUUGAGAGUGACAUCCGUAAACAUAUUUCAAGGUACUACACUGGAUACUUGAAAUGUGACGAUAGCACCUGCGGAGUCGUUACGAGGCAGAUUUCUGUCUUCGGUAAAAGGUGUUUGAACGAGGAUUGCAUGGGAGUUAUGGGUUAUUGUUACACAGACAAACAAUUGUACAACCAGCUACAAUAUUUCGCCUCGCUCUUCAACGUCGACAAGAACAAGAGAGAGCUUUUGAAGCCACUUUAUAGACCAGGAGACCCCGACGCAGCGGAGAAAAAGUUACCAACAUCACAGGUCUUAGCUCUGGGCGAACAAAAUCGGGAAUUGUUUCAAACAAUGGAGUCAGUGGUCCAAAAAUACUUGAGCAACUGCGCACGAAGUUUUGUCGACAUGGGCUCGAUAUUUGACUUUAUGAACCCCGAGUGA